CUCCGGUGAAGUAGGUAUGGUAAGACUACUCCAAUGAAGCUUGAAUCUAGUUAUAUAUAGCUCUAUGGACAUGAUUGAAAGAGUGUGGUGCAAAGGAUAGGGAGAAGAAGGGAUUGGAGAUGAAAAGAGUGCAAAUAUUUCAAGUUAUGUGCAUUCUAGUGGCUGCAAGUGUAGAUAUUGCAGUUCAGAAAGAGAGUGUGAAUGUAGGGGUGAUAAUAGAUUCAAGUUUGUGGGCAGGAAAGAUAGCAAAGAGUGCUAUGGAGUUAGCAGUAGAUUAUGUGAACAAUCAAUCUGAAAUACUCAAGGGCGCUGAAUUGUGUCUUCACCUGCAAGAGGCACAGACAUCACUUGAAGGCUCUUCUGCUGCUGUUGAUCUUCUGGCCAACGAGGAAGUAGUGGCAUUGAUAGAAGCACAAGCAUCCAAGACUGAGCCUCUUUUAUCAGAUCUUGGAGAGGCAGCCAACGUUCCAAUUCUGUCACUCUCUGUCACAAGUCCUGCCCACUGCAACCAGAGAUUCCCUUAUUUUGUUCGCAUGGCACACAUUGAUAGCUUUCAGAUGAAAGCCGUGGCAGCCCUGGUUAACAAUUACGGCUGGAGAAGCAUUGCAUUUCUUCACUCAGACAAUCAUUUCGAUUCAGGAGCCAUGCCCUCCUUGCGUGAUGCCCUUCGAGAUCUGGACUCUGAUAUUGCAUACACCUCAAUAAUUCCUUCAACUGCACAGAAACAAACAAUAAGGAAGGAGCUUCAUAAACUCAAGUCAAUAGAAACAAGAGUUUAUGUUGUCCACACGCCUUUUGAUCUGGGCAUGAAUGUAAUCAUGGAGGCCCAGAAGAUGGGAAUGAUGGAGUCUGGUUAUGUGUGGAUAAUAACUCAAGGGUUUACCAGUCUUUGGGAUUAUGCACUAAAUGCUUCUACAAUAUCAUCUAUGCAAGGCCUCCUUGGGAUUAAAACACAUAUUCCAGAUUCUAAAAAGCUGAAUGAUUUCACUCAAAGGUGGGAACAACAAUUUAGACUUGACAACCCCAACACAAAAAACAUUGAGCUGAAUUCAUAUGGUUUAUUGGCCUAUGAUACAGUGCUCAUGAUAGCUCAAGCAAUUGGAAAGAUGGAAAGAAAUUCAAGUUUAAGUUUUGUGGCACCCUCAACCAGUCUUGAAAUAAUAGCAAAUACUAAAAUCAAGGUAUUCCAGCAAGGUAAGAAGUUGUUGGAGGAGAUUUUCUCAACAAAUUUUGAUGGGUUAAGCGGGCCUGUUAAGUUCCAUGAUGGGGAAAUGGUUGGGUGUGGUUAUGAGGUAGUGAAUGUGGUGGGCAAAAGCUAUCAAACAGUUGGGUAUUGGCCAUUUAAUUCGUCAAAGUUGUUCAAAACUCCAUCUUUUAGUGACGAGGGGCUUCGAUCAGUGAUUUGGCCAGGUCGGUCUGUCACGGUUCCUCGGGGUUGGGCAAUACCAACUAGGCUGAAGAUUGCAGUUCCUAGAAAAGCUGGUUGGGAGGAAUUUGUGAGUGUUUCGUUGGAUCCAGCAAGUUAUGAAACUAUCGUCAGUGGGUUCUCCAUUGAUGUAUUUCGUGCUGUUGUGGGAAUUGUUGAGCCCCAACUCCAGUUUGAUUUCAUUCCGUACCCUGAGAUCGGCAUUUAUGCCGACAAUUAUUCUUAUGAAGAGCUCAUCAUGCAAGUGUAUCUCAAGAAAUACGAUGCAGUUGUGGGUGACGUUACAAUUACAGCAAACUGAAGUGAAUUUGUUGAUUUCACACAACCAUACACAGAAACGGGUUUAGUGAUGGUGGUUCCCACUGUCAUAAAGGAGGAAGCCGACAAUGCAUGGACAUUCCUACAACCAUUUACUCCAGCGUUGUGGGCUACAACGAUGAUGUUUCUUAUAUAUACAGGACUAGUGGUGUGGCUCCUCGAGCAUAAAAUGAAUCCUGACUUUAGGGGAAGUCCCCUCUAUCAAGUGGUCACACUAUUUUGGUUUGCCUUCUCAGCUGUGUUUUAUGCUCAUAGAGAGAGUAUCCAAAGCGGUUUGAGUAGGCUAGUUGUUGCAGCUUGGCUGUUUGUAGCGUUUGUUUUAACAUCUAGCUAUACAGCUAAUCUUGCUUCAAGGCUGACUGCCCAACAAAUUACACCAAUUGUAAAUGUUUAUGGUGACUAUAAAUUAGGGUAUCGCAGUUCAUAUGUUGGGAGCUUUCUAACUCAUGAUUCGGGAGUGGCCAAUGUAAAUCUGGAACCAUAUUCAUCACGAAAGGCCUACAAGGAGGCCAUGUCAAAAGGAGCAAAGAAUGGAGGAGUGGAUGCCAUUUUAGAUGAAGUCCCAUUUGUUCGUGCCUUCCUUUCUGGUGAAUGUAGCUAUUCAAUGGUGGGGACAACGUAUCAAAGUGGUGGCUUUGGUUUUGUUUUUCGUAAAGGCUUUCCUUUAGUGGAAGAAUUUUCUAAAGGGAUCUUAAAUCUUUCAGAAAGUGAUAAGUUUGAAAAGAUUAAAGCUAAGUAUUUCAAUGAUACUACCAAUAAGUGUCCUGAUUUGUCAGAAGAUUUAAGAAGGUUAGGUGUGGAAAGCUUUUGGGGAUUGUAUCUAAUCACAGGAACAAUAUCAUCUAUGGCUUUAAUCAUUUUUCUUUCACAAUCCAAUUACUCAAGGAAAAAGAUCAGGGGGUGCAAAUCUAUCAACUGUUUUACAAAGUAUAUAUAUCAAGAGCAAGUUUCAUCCCAAAUUUUCUCAUUGGAAAUGUUACAAGAGAACAAUUCUUCAAAUGCAAAAGAUAGCUCAAGUAAACAUUAUGAAUUAGAUGUAAGUGUUAUGAAUGAUGGAGAUCAAAAUAUGGCGACUCGAACAUCCUCCUUUGUAAAUCAAGAGAUAAUAGAUGAGCUUCCAUCCAACCAAAUCCAUGGAGGAGAGAAAUCUGACAUGAACUACUCUUUAGACCUAGUCAUUACUAAGUGAAGAAAAAUCAAAUAUAUAUUGUAUUCUUAUAGUAAGAUCGUAUGUAAUUAUUUGGCUUAUCUUUUU